UCACAGAUUUAAAAUUAUCCAUAAAAAUGCAGUUUUCUAAAGAUAAAGAUGCAUGCCUCUGUCCUUCAAUAUCUCAUCCGUGUUAUCUGCCAUCCGUGUCCUCGUCCCAUUCAUUCGUCAAGAAUGUUUGUUCAAAAUAUUACCAAGAGAUCGGAGCGGAGAUGAUUAGCAACCAGUUGAUUAUUAGAUUGGAAAAGGAUAAAAAUAAAUCAAGAAAGAAACGAAGCAAUUGGGAUCCACCUUGCGACUGCGUCGAAAUUCAAAGGCCAACGAGUAAAUCAGGCCCUAAAAUAAUCAACGCAGAUUAUGAUGAUCGCAUUGUAUUUCGUGUCCAUUCGGCUUAUCGUCUCUCCGGAAAGGAAGAUCCUUACAAAUCGCAAACUCUCGCUUAUAAAAUUGGAUCAUGCAAAGAUGGACAGCUGGAUAACCACCAAUGCAAAACCAUCACUGUCUAUCCUCAAUAUAGCACGGAAACGCAGGAAGUGUACAGCGAUCAUAUAAGAGAAGGAAAUCAGGAUAUCUUCUUAUUAAGAAUUAAAAAGAAAGCAGAAUACUCCGAACAAAAAAACAGAAACAUCGAACUUGAACUUAGAACACCUAAACCACCGCCAAUAUCAUCACCUGACUCUGCAUCUGUUACUUUACCGCAAAGUGAUGUCGCCGAUAUAGAAGAUGUAGAAAAGGAAAAGGAAUCAGACGUUGUGAAAACGGAAAAUGCAGAGCAGCCAACAAAUGUAAAUGAAAGAAAAAAGAAACAAAAGAGGAAAAGAAAAUAAUUAUCUUCAGCUUAAAAAAUAAAGAAGAAAAUGCAACAUUAAACUAAUGGAUGUAAAUAGAUGUAACCUGAACAUUUUCCCGAAAAAUUUGAAGAACAUAAAUACUAGGACUUUGGAGAUCGGUAGCUAUUGACGAUAUUUGGAAGAAAGGACUGGGACUUCGUUCACUAUACAGAUGGAAUCAUCAGUGAAAUACACAUUACAUGCUAAAUAC